UGUAUCACCCGAAGGGCUUUCAGACCGCUCAUUGAUGAGUGAAGAACAAGACAAUAGCAGUACAGAUCUCCAUAAGGUGUAUAAGAAUGCAAAGGUGUUCAAAAUCCUGUUGUUUGACCUACAGGUCACUGAAUGUUCGCACUCCUUCGAGAAAUCUUUGCAUUAAAAGUGGCGUUUUACCAAGAAAACUGCAACCUAACCGCAUCGCUCACAAAAGUCCACAUGGUCCUGUUUGGUUUCGGGGACUGAGAAGCUCUGCCGUGUUUUCAUCUUCAAGACAGAUCGAUAAAAUAUUACCGAGACAUGAUGACUUUGCCGAGCGGCAUAUUGGACCUGAUGAUAAAGAGAAAACAGAGAUGCUCCACACUCUCGGUCUUGAGACAGUUGACGAGUUGAUUGACAAAACCCUUCCGUCCUCAAUCCGUUUGAAACGAAGUCUGAAAAUAGAUGACCCAGUUUGUGAGAGCGAAGUCCUCCAGUAUCUGUACAACAUUGCCAGCCAGAACAAGUUGUGGAGGUCCUAUAUUGGAAUGGGUUACUACAAUUGCUCUGUGCCACCUGCCAUCCAGAGGAACCUGCUGGAAAACUCAGGAUGGGUGACUCAGUACACGCCCUACCAGCCAGAGGUGUCCCAAGGUCGUCUGGAGAGUCUGCUCAACUACCAGACCAUGGUGUGUGACCUCACAGGCCUGGAUGUGGCCAACGCCUCGUUGCUGGAUGAAGGCACAGCUGCUGCCGAGGCGAUGCAGCUGUGUCACAGGCAGAACAAGAGGAGGACGUUCUACAUCGACACUCGCUGCCACCCCCAGACGAUCGCUGUGGUGCAGACAAGAGCCAACUACAUUGGAGUGAGGACUGAGCUGAAGUUACCUCAUGAAAUGGAUUUUGGAAAGGAUGUGACUGGGGUACUCUUCCAGUACCCUGACACAGAGGGUGGAGUGGAGGACUUCACUGGACUAGUGGACCGUGCCCAUAAGGCUGGGGCCUUGGCCUGUUGUGCCACUGACCUUCUGGCCCUGUGUGUCCUGUGCCCACCGGGCGAGUUUGGGGUGGACAUCGCUUUGGGCAGCUCCCAGAGAUUUGGGGUUCCUCUCUGCUACGGGGGGCCCCAUGCCGCCUUCUUCUCUGUGAAGGAAAAGCUGGUCAGGAUGAUGCCAGGCAGGAUGGUUGGAGUCACCAGAGAUGCUGCUGGGAAGGAGGUGUACCGCCUGGCCCUCCAGACCAGAGAGCAACACAUUCGCAGGGACAAGGCCACCAGCAACAUCUGCACUGCUCAAGCUCUUCUUGCCAACAUGGCUGCCAUGUUUGCAGUGUACCAUGGCCCACAGGGCCUGAAGCACAUUGCUAAGAGGACACACAGUGCUACCGUGAUCUUGGCUGAAGGGCUGAAACGAGCAGGGCACACACUCCAACGUGAAAUGUUCUUUGACACGCUUAAGAUCCACUGUGGGGUGGCAGCCAAAGAUAUUUAGGAGAGGCAGAUCAAUCUUCGGGUCUACAGUGAUGAAGUGCUGGGUGUGUCUCUGGAUGAGACUGUGACAGAGAGAGACUUGGAUGACCUGCUGUGGGUGUUUGGAUGUGAAUCUUCAGCUGAACUGAUUGCUGAGAAAAUGAACAAAGAAGUGAGAGGCAUUGAGUGCUCUCCCUUCAAGAGGACCUCUACCUAUCUCUCACACCCAGUGUUCAACAGUUAUCACUCUGAGACCAAUAUUGUUCGCUACAUGAAACGUCUGGAAAACAAAGACAUUUCUCUUGUACACAGUAUGAUCCCUCUGGGUUCCUGUACAAUGAAACUGAACAGUUCCACUGAGCUCAUGCCAAUCACAUGGAGGGAAUUUGCAAACAUUCACCCCUUUGUUCCCCUGGAUCAGGCAAAGGGUUACCAACAGCUUUUCAAACAGCUAGAGAGAGAUCUGUGUGAGAUCACGGGGUAUGACAAGAUCUCCUUCCAGCCCAACAGUGGUGCCCAGGGUGAAUAUGCUGGUCUAGUUGCCAUCAAAGCAUUUCUGAACUCUAAAGGGGAGGAACACAGAACAGUGUGCCUGAUACCCAAAUCAGCCCAUGGCACGAACCCCGCCAGUGCUCAGAUGGCGGGGAUGAAGGUCCAGGUGGUGGAGGUUGACCGGGAUGGUAAUAUUGAUCUGGCACACCUGAAGGCCAUGGUGGACAAACACAAGACCAACUUGGCAGCUAUAAUGGUCACAUACCCCUCCACCAAUGGUGUGUUCGAGGAAAACAUUAGUGAUGUUUGUGAACUCAUCCACCAACACGGAGGUCAGGUGUACCUGGAUGGGGCCAACAUGAACGCACAGGUAGGGUUGUGCCGCCCAGGAGAUUAUGGAUCAGAUGUCUCCCAUUUAAAUCUCCACAAAACCUUCUGCAUUCCCCAUGGAGGAGGAGGCCCAGGGAUGGGGCCUAUCGGAGUAAAGCAGCACCUUGUGCCGUUCCUGCCCUGCCACCCAGUGGUCACCCUGAAGUCAGACAACAUUGCAAGCUCCCUGGGCACCAUUAGCGCAGCUCCCUGGGGCUCCAGUGCCAUUCUGCCCAUCUCCUGGGCCUACAUCAAGAUGAUGGGGGCCAAAGGUCUGACACACGCCACAGAAAUGGCCAUCCUGAAUGCCAACUACAUGGCCAAGAGACUGGAGAAUCAUUAUAAAGUCCUCUUCAGGGGCAGGAAAGGUUUUGUUGCUCAUGAGUUCAUCCUUGACGUGAGACCAUUCAAGAAGACGGCAAAUAUUGAAGCAGUGGACGUGGCAAAGAGACUGCAGGAUUAUGGUUUCCAUGCCCCCACCAUGUCGUGGCCGGUGGCAGGCACACUCAUGAUUGAGCCCACCGAGUCCGAGGACAAGGCCGAGAUGGACCGCUUCUGCGAUGCCCUGUUGAGCAUCCGCCAGGAGAUCGCCGACAUCGAGGAGGGAAGGAUGGACUCUCACAUCAACCAGCUGAAGAUGGCACCGCACUCACUGGCCUGCAUCGCCUCCUCCACCUGGGACAGGCCCUACUCCAGGGAGUCUGCCGUCUUCCCCCUGCCAUUCAUCAAACCAGAGACCAAGUUUUGGCCAUCAAUUUCCAGAAUUGAUGACAUUUACGGUGACCAGAACCUGGUAUGCACCUGCCCGCCCAUGGAAGUGUACGAGUCCCCUUUCGAAGCAAAGAUGGCCUCCUCAUGACACCACAGCUGAUGUGUGUGGUGCUGCGGGGAGCUGGAACUGUUUAAUCCAAGCAGCAAUUGCAAUGUUACCUUUUUGUUUCUGGUUAUGUUAAGUGGUGUGCAUUUCGUGCCUCAAAUCUGAUAUUGUGUGUUGUACAUAGUUACCCCGAUGCCGCCCCCUCACUGUUGUUAUAUUUACCCUCUUACCCUCUUUGAUAGGAUCAGAUAUAAUUCUUGACAUGUUUUAUUUUACCUUGUUGAUAGGAUCAGAUAUAAUUCUUGACCUGUUUUAUUUCACCUUGUAUGACAAUACUAACAAUGUGGCCUCAACUGCAUGCCAUGGAUUUAUGGUGGGAAAAAGCCAAAAUGUUUUUUAUUGAGAUGCUUAAAUAUUCUUUUUAUGUGGGUAAUGUAUUACAUGUUUUUUAAUAACAAUCAUUAUUAAAAUGAUUGUCAACCUCUUGUAGACAGCAAAUAUUUUAAAUCCAUUCACAAUUUUCAA